UUGUGUAGAACAAACACUUCAUGGAGGCGGUAGUUCAGAAAGCCUUAUUCCAUUGAUGGCAUUUUGAGUAAUUCUAGGGCUUUUUUCAAGACCUUUACUUAGGAUUAACUCCCAGUAAUAUUUUGCUGCUAUGCUCCUUCAGUAGCCCAGAAACAAAUUAAGCAAUCGAGGCCACCUCUCUUCCUUUUUAAAACAAUACAACUCUUCCAUCUUAUGUUUUUUUUCCUUAACUUCUAACCUCAUUUAAUUCACAGAUACUGUACAAGGGAAAUAUGUUUAAAACAUAUUGAGUCAAUGAGCUCAUUAAGGCAAGUUUUGGGUAGGAUGAAGAAAGGCAGACAAAGAAACAUUUGGGGGCAGAAAACUUCAUUUUAUCAAAGGUCAAGAUAAAAAAAAAAACACACCAAACAUUCUGGGAAAGAAGGAUGAGUUACUGCCUUGAAUGUCAGAAAAAAAAUUGAUAACUUGAGUAAUGGAGGCCCAUGGAGCUGGAGAUGACAGGAGAAACUCCAAGAAAUCUUAAAUCUUUUGCAUAAAAAGAAGGAAGCUCAAGCGGUCCUGACCCACGAGAAGGAGAGAAUGAUACUGUGUAAGGAAGAGACAAAGACUUUUAAACAGGUUGUCAUGUCAGAAUAUAUGAAAAUGCACCAGUUCCUGAAGGAAGAGGAGCAGCUCCAGCUGCAGCUUCUAGACAAGGAGGAGAGGGAGAACUUGAAGAAACUGUGGGAUAAUGAAGUCAAGCUGACCCAGCAAGUCAGACACCUAAGCAAAAUGAUUGGGCAGAUAGAGUGCACAUAUCAGAGCUCAAAUUUAGACUCUUUUGAGGAAGUAAGAGGAGCCUUGGAAAGGAGCGAAUCACGGCUGCUUCAAUGUGCAGAAGCCACCACCACACAACUGAGUCAGUGCCAAGUCACUGGAAUGAGGGAGAUGUUAAGAAAAUUCAGCACAGAGAUCACUCUGGAUCCAGCCACAGCCAGUGCCUAUCUAGUCUUGUCUCAGGAUCUGAAAAGUGUGAGAUAUGGAGGAAGCAGACAGCAGUUACCCAACAACCCAGAAAGAUUUGACCAGUCUGCAACCGUGUUGGGAGCUCAGAUCUUCACCAGUGGGAGACACUACUGGGAGGUGGAAGUGGGAAACAAGACAGAGUGGGAAGUGGGGAUCUGUAAGGACUCUGUGAGCAGAAAGGGGAAUCUCCCCAAGACCCCCGGGGACCUUCUCUCACUUAUAGGUUUAAAAAUUGGAGAGGAUUACAGCCUGUGGGUCUCAUCACCUUUGAAAGGGCAGCAUGUCCGAGAGUCUGUGCAUCAGGUUGGUGUUUUCUUAGACUAUGAGUGUGGACAUAUCACAUUUUACAAUGUGACAGACAAGUCCUUCAUCUACAGUUUUCCUCCAACCCCUUUCCAAGAUGCACUCAGGCCUAUCUUUUCCCCUUGCCUCCCAAAUGAAGGGACAAACACAAACCCUCUUACCAUCUGCUCACUGAAUAGCCACAACUGAGGGACACGUCCCCAGGCCUCUGAUGGGCAGGAGGUCCAGGAUAAGCAGAUGACUGUUCAUUAAGAUGAUGAAUGCAUUGCAGAUCUUCACAUCAGGUUAUCUGAAAGAGAAUUUCCCCUUCCCCCAAGACUCUCCAUGAAUCUGAGCCCACAAUGAAAAGCCAAUUAGAAAAUCAAGUUCAACAUCAAUAAGAGAAAGCUGAUCAUAUCCUGUGUCUCUAACCAAACUCUCCAACUAGACUGCCCCACAUAUUUGCUGAUCAUUCCAAAUAUAGAUCUAGAAAUAGCCCCUAUUAUCUUGAACCCCACUGUCAGAGGCCAGUUUUAUA